AUGAUUGCGCUGGCUUUAGAAGCAAAGUAAGUCAAGGUUGACGACACGAGGUUGUAACAACAUUGUUAUAUCGUGACUGUAUCGGACUUGUUGGAACAACCUUGCAACAAGUCUGAUAAUAAUAUCAACAAGGUUGUUACAAGUUGUUAACAGCUUGUUCCAAACUUGGUGACAACUUGGGACAAGUUGACGAUUUGUUGGCAGAUUUGAUACAAGAUAUCAGAGGUUUGUUGAGUUGAAAUGGGCCUAUAGUUUUCAGAUCAAUGGGCGAAAUCCUAUUCUAUUUCUCUCGCUAGCCCGAAUCUAACGUGGCGAGAUGUGCAACACGUGAUAGUCGAAAGCGCUCAAGUGACGAGUCCAGUGGACGAGGGAUGGGUGAGCAAUGGCGCAGGAUAUCAUUUCAAUCAUAAAUUUGGAUUCGGAAGAUUGGACGCUUAUCAAAUGGUAAAGAAGGCGAAGACUUGGAAAAAUGUCGCCCCGCAGAAGCUGUGUAAGGGACCAUCAAGUGACACGCAACAGUAAGUAGGGAUAUAAGAUGUUGGGAUACAAAAAAUGGGAUACAAUAUAUAGGGAUAUUAUAGGAGAAAAUCUACAAGAAAAUCAAUAUUCCAUAUUUUAUCUGUUUUAGGGAGAUCCCAGCCGGGGGAACACUAUCGGUUACCAUAGACACCAUCGCGUGUGCAAACACGAAAGACGAUAUAGAGAAACUGGAGCAUGUAACGCUGACCAUGAGCUUCCAACAUCGCAGGCGCGGACAGGUCAGCAUCGACCUCUUCUCGCCGAGCGGGACUAGGAACGAAAUGCUGUCGACGCGUCGCUAUGACGACUCGAGAAACGGGCUUCAUGAUUGGACAUUCAUGACUGUUCAUAAUUGGGGCGAAAACCCGAAAGGCGUGUGGAUUAUGAAUGUCACAGAUAAUAUAAAUGUAAUGGGGAAACACCUGAACGCAGGCACGUUUGUCCAGCAUGACACCAGUAAACAGGCGGCCGAUGUCGAGGACCUUGAACAGGAGGUUGGUAACGAGUCACUGAUCUUAUAAAAAUAACUGGACCACUAAGAAAGUAUAUUAUUUACAAAGAGUAAACUGAUCUGCUGAAUACGACUGGACUACUAGACUUAGGAAGACAGAAUAGGUAACUGAUCUCUAAGCACAACUACUGGACUAUUUUACGGAGGUCACUGAUCUGAAGAAUAUAAUUGGACUACCAACUUACUAAGAAUUUACUGAUCUCAAGAAUAUUACUGGACUAUGAACUUACUAAGAAUUUACUGAUCUCAAGAAUAUUACUGGACUAUGAACUUACUAAGAAUUUACUGACCUCAAGAAUAUUAUUGGACUACUAAGACGUAGGGAAUAUGCGAAUUGAAAAUUUACUGAUCUCAAGAAUAUUACUGGAUUAAGAAAAUUAUGGGAGGUUACUGAUCUCAAGAAUACGACUGAACUACUUGACAGAGAAAUAUACGAUUAACGGAGGUUACUUAUCUCAAGAAUACAGCUGGACUAGAUAUAGGACAGGCGUUACUUACUCUGUAUGAUUACAGAUCUCGAUAAUAAAACCUGGACUAUAUAUCCUAAGGACAUUUGUUUACUGUAGGUUAUAGACGAUCAAAAGAAAACAGAAGAGUUGGAACGUCGGAAGACGGGUAAAGGCUCCCCCCGUCCAGCGCAAGAAAACUCCCGUUAUCCGGAGGGGGUGAAGAAGUUCACAAUAUACCGAAAAGGGCCGAGAACAGAAGAUAGAAAGUAUUUUACUGGUGGUUAUGGUGAGUUGUUUUUGUGUUUAAAUAAAAUACUUUGCCUUCUGUUUAUUAGGGAGUUUUCAGUUUUUCAACGAUAAAUCAAUACCAAACGUACUGAUGCGAAAAUUCGUAUGGCUAAUGAUUAUUAGCCGAGGACAAAUUCAUUAAAGUUUGGCUGAAUUUGGAUAACAGGGCCGUAGGAAGCUCUUUUCGAUUGGGGGGGCUGAAAGCGAGGGCCGAAGGCCCGAGGAAAUUUUUAAAUUUAGAGUCUCUAAAAUGCCAUUUCCUGGACUUUGGGGGAAGAUUUAACAGAAUUCUGAUAGUCAGAAAACAGCGUUUUAGUAUGUCGAAAUUUACAGGAAAGUAUGGGCCAGACUGUAGUAUUAUAAAUGCGCGGCAGGAAUUUUCGUCGUAAAUGGCAGUUGCGCGGAAAUGAAGGCAGAACAUUUGAGAAAAUUUCGAAAAUCUGGAGUCUCUAGAUGGUCUGAAAUGGCAUUUUCAGAGUUUUCUUCCGCAAGACCCAACACGCAAAAGACAAAAUAAAUCAUUAGUUCAUCAAAAAUGUGCAGAUUUUGUGGGAUUUUCUUGAAAAUGCGCGACAGAAAUUCAGCUAAAAUUUCUACGCGAGGAACGAUCUGGAGUAUGAGUAAUAUCUUCAUUCUUUGCAGUUUAUCACAGAUUAAAUGAUAAAGUUUGCAUGAUUUUGAAAAAAGAAUGAUUAUUAGCAAAUUAUUGGGGGGGGGGGGGCUGCAGCCCCCCCGGUUGCUACGGCCCUGGAUAAAAACUACAAUAUACCAUUAUAAUCUUAAAGAGAAAUGGCAAUAUAAAUUUUCUCAUUUGAAGAACUUUUGAAACUAUAUAUUAACUUCUUUAACCGAUUUUUCCUAUCUUGCUUAGUUGUUGAAAUAUUUUCACUUGAAGUAAUGAGAUAUUUGCCAUCUUGGAUAAUUUUUUUAUCUCAUUAACGGUAGUUUUGGUGAUGUCACAACAGGGAUUAACCAUAUAACAGUAUUUGUUGCUCACCAAAUAUUGUUUGGUAGAUGUUUUAAAGGUUCUGAGUGAUCUUGAUAUUUCGAAGGGCAGACAGAGUAUAGUUUUGAGGGCAAAAUGAUUAGUAGUUGUCUAGAUAAAAAUAUUGCGUGACCCCUGUUGUGACGUAACAUGCAUAUCUACAAAAAUCCAAGAUGGCCGACAUUUCAUUUCUUUCGAUCAAAAUAUUUCUAGAAGUAAGCGAGAUAUGAAAAAACGGUAAAAGAGGAUUAUAUAUAAUCUUAAAAAAUUCAUUAAUAAUUCACGAGGAAAAUACAAAAGGAAUGAAUGUUUAAACAUUCGCAUCCGAUCUGUAUCUGAUAUACAAACUCUCGCCUUCGGCUAGAGUUUGUAUAUCAGAUACAGAUCGGCUGCUCAUGUUUUAUCUAGUACCUUAAAAGUUCUUUCAAAUGAGAAAAUAAAAAAUAUAUUGCCACUUCCCUUUUGUUAACCAUUUAAGUGCCAUAUGUGUUAGAUAAUUUUCACGAGUAUUGCGUCUUUCUCUCGUGAAGUAAAAUUUCAAUAUUAAUAUAACAUAUUUUAACACUUGUCCUAACUCAAUAUUUUGAACUUUCUGAAUAUUUUAUAUUCAUAUAUAUAUUUACAUCAUUUGAAUAUGCACAAAGUUGUUCAAAGAACAAUCGGUUUCCACACGACUGACUCGCUUUAAAUUAGAAAAUAUGUUUCCUUAAAUGUAGCUUUUUUAUUCUGCUUUACACAGAAGACAAAAUAAGCUAAUGCAAAAAAUAUUUAAUGACAGUUCUACUAUACAGGGUGUCCCAAAAACCCCAAAACUAUUGAAAUAACGUAUUGUUAGAAUUUGAAUGCCCUGGCACUAAGCUGAACGCAAAGAUGCGUAAAAUAUUGACAGGGUGCAUGUAUUAAAUAUUGACUUAUUAAGAAAUUCAAAGUCUUCUUUGAAAUCUUUGUAAAGCGCACGAUUUUCUGCUGUUAGGAAUUUAAAGCAGCUUCUUAAAUAGUUUCUUUAUGCAUAAAAUUUACUUAUGUCAAGCUUUUAUGCACUUGUGAGUUCAGCAUGAGAGAGCUGAGGCAUUCAAAUUCUAACAAUACGUUAUUUCAAUAGGUUUUUUUUUGGGACAUCCUGGGGCCGGUUGUAUAAAAAAGUGAUUAAAGUUAACUAUAAUUAAGUGGAAACGUCAUCCAAUAAGAAGCACGUAUUUGAGAGUUAAUCACUAUUUAACUACAAAAUAGUGAUUAAAAAAGUGAUUAAGAGUUUUAUACAACCGGCCCCUGUAGUUUACAAUUUAUCGCGACAGAAAUUGCAUGCUUUAUUCAUCCCGAACAUGAUAUCUUGUUUUUUCAGCAACUGAGCGACCACUGUGGAACCAAUCCACUUCAGCUUACUAUAAUAACUACAACUAUGGCCAGCCGAUAUCGUACGGCUACGAAAACCCACCGUACAUCUCCGAGUAUCGCUACGACGAAGACCCGACGAGGCGAAAUUAUGUGAAACGCGAUGUUUACGAUUCGCUAUAUCCCGAAGACGAUCGGAACGACUUCGUAACAGGUUCGCAGAUCAAACGCGAACAGAUGUACAUCGACGCGCACCCACAAGAGUCGCUCGAAGAGACUGGGUCCCAGAGAGUUCAGGUGAAUAAUGGAUUUCAAGAGGACUUUGUUCCGGGGUUCAAUUCCGAGUCGGGACAUGUAACCGCGGGUAUAUUACUCCAAUGGAAAUUAACAUUUCAUGGCACCGGUUCAUCAGACUCGCCUGCUGAUGACGAUAGUUUAUAA